CCAGUAUCCGCGACGAGAAGCGGGCAAUUCUGCCCUCGACGGCGCUGCCGAUCGCGCCGCGUCCAUCCGCGAGGUCCAAAUGGGCUUACUUCGCCGGGGUCGUCCUCUGCUCGCUGCUCGUUCUCAACCCCGUCUUUGGAGACCUGCACGCGCGUCUUCGGACCACUGUGUAUAGGGAUGAAACCGGCCGCGCCGCCGAUCUGUGUCCGCAGGUGGACGCGCUGUACCCGACGAGACACGCUGAGCUGUGGAAGAGCCUCGGAGAGACGCUCAAGACGGAGGCGUUCAAGGGAAGGGCCGUGGAGUGGCUGGGCGGCGCAGUGAGGGUCCCGACGGAGUCGUAUGACAAGAUGGAGCCUGUUGGCGUGGAUCCGCGGUGGGACGCGUUCGGUCCUUUCCACGACUACCUCGCGAAGGCGUAUCCUUUGAUCCAUUCGAAGCUGGAGAUCACGAAGGUCAACACUUAUGGGCUCAUCUAUGUGUGGAAGGGUUCCGACGAAUCGCUCAAGCCGCUCUUGUUGGCUGCGCACCAAGAUGUUGUGCCUGUUGAUCCCAGGACUGUGGAUGAGUGGGAGCACCCUCCCUACUCUGGUCAUUUUGACGGCGAGAGUGUGUGGGGGAGAGGAAGCUCUGACGACAAGAGCGGAUUGAUCGGUGUGAUGUCCACUAUUGAAUCCCUUUUGGAGAAAGACUUCCACCCGACCCGUGGCAUUGUCCUUUCCUUUGGCUUCGAUGAGGAGACAAGUGGACUCCAUGGUGCAUCUAAACUUGCUGAAUACCUUCUUUCAACCUACGGUGAAAACUCCUUUGCUCUGCUGGUUGACGAAGGCGGAUCAUUCUCGGAACAGCACGGGUCGAUCAUAGCCACGCCAGGCAUUGCCGAGAAAGGGUAUAUUGAUACAAGGAUUGAGGUCGCCUCUCCCGGGGGACACUCUAGCAUUCCUCCAUCGCACACGAGUAUAGGCAUACUUUCAGCACUUCUCGUCGAACUCGAAGCACAUCCCUUUGAGGUCCAUCUAUCUCGUGGGACCCCCGUCUACGCCACAGUACAGUGCCUUGCGGCGCAUGCAAAGAACCUUCCGCAGAAGCUUCGCGCUUCUAUCAAAGCUUCUGCGAAAUCUGACAAGGCGCUCAAGAAGGCCGAGAAGGAACUCUUCGUGGACCCUGCCUUCAAGGCUCUCGUGGGCACGACCCAAGCCAUUGACCUCAUACAGGGCGGCGUUAAGACGAAUGCUCUCCCAGAGCAGGCAUGGGCCGUGGUUAAUCACCGCCUUGCGACUGAGAGUUCGGUCGCAGAGACUAAGCAUCGCGAUACGGAGGCACUCAAGGUUCUGGCCCAGCAAUUUAAUCUUAGUUACACGGCUUUCGGUGCUGCGAUUUCGGCAAAGGACGCUCCUGCCUACGGCUCCCUGACCCUCACCGAUGCGUGGGGCACCGCCCUCGAGCCUGCGCCCAUCACCCCGACCGAUUCUGAUGCGGUCCCGUAUCGCAUCUUGAGUGGCACCAUUAGGGCUACCUAUGAUUCGCACAGAGACCUUGUGGGUGGGGACAACAUCUUCGUGAGCCCUGGCAUCAUGAGCGGCAACACGGACACGAGGUACUACUGGAAAUUGACAUCCCACAUUUUCCGCUACAACCACCACAACUCUGGUAAUGGUUCCGCACUGGCAAAUGGCGUGCAUACCGUGAAUGAGCACAUCCGUAUCGUUGAUUUCGUCGAGAUCAUCCGAUACUUCACUACCUUGAUUCUGAACGUGGACGAGUCUACGGAAGUGUGAUUGGUCGAUUGUGGCCCCGUCGCCGAAACUUGCCAGCGUGAAGGGUUAGCUCGAGUUCUGAGGGACUGUCAUGGUAGUCUCCUUCGUCCUCAUGUGUUCGUUAUUUACUCGCUUCCCAAUCUCCCUCCCUUUCAUUAAUGUGACUCUUUCUGCCGAAGGC